AUGCGCCCCCGCAGCCCCCCGCCAGUGGGAACGGGGCUGGAUGGCAGCGGAGGAGGGUGUCAGUGUGUGUGGGUGUCAGUGCGUGUGGGUGUCAGUGUGUGUGUGUGUGUCCCCCAAUGCGAACGGCACAAGUGCGGAGUCCGCAUCAAGCGCGGCUUGUGCGCAUCGUCCGGCGGCUUGGCUGAGGAUGCCAGUAUUUUAAAAACUUAUUUAAACAAGAAGGAAAAGAGAUUCAGAGCCGAACUUCUGUCGGGUUGGUGGCGGAAGGGCACCGGGAGGCUCCAGCCGGGAGUUAGCGAAGUGCCCGUGCUGCAGUGCAUAUCUGAUAGCAUUCCCCGGGUACAACAGUUCUGCAUAUCCUCCCCUCCCUCCUCCCCGGCCAAAAAAAGAAAAAAAAAAAAAGAAAAAAAGAGAAGCAGCACCAGUUUUUUGGGCAAUCCCUCACUUACCCCAAAUAUCCUCCUGGUUUUUAUCUCUCCCAGCUCACCGGACGCGCCGGUCCAGCCUGCAGUCCCAAAAACAAAUCGAGGUCAAGCUGCGAGCCGCCACCGCCUAUCUCCACCUCAGCUGCCGGGAGGUACCAUAGCUGCUCGGAGCUCCCCCUGCUCCCCGGAGCACGGCUACUCCGCCAUGUCCCCGGGUGCAGCCGGUGCUGCGGGGGCCGCGAGCGGCAGCGGCGGGCACGGCGGGGCUGGGCGGCGGCGCGCACGGGCGCGGGCUGGGGGCGCGCUCCGCCGCGGAGGCGGUGCCUGCGCGGGCGGCGGCGGCGGGGCCGCUCUGCGCCGGGACCGGGCCGGCCGGAGCGGCGGCGGAAGGCUGGGCGCGCCCGGCAGACCGAGCUCCCCCGGGCUGCCGGCUGGCCGGGGUGUCUUCUGCAUUCCAGAGGAUGUUGCUCACUUGUGUUUAAGUGUGCGGAGAAUUUUGCUCUCACCCGCUUCCCCAGGGGGGAAAAAAGAAAUAAAUAAAAAAGAGGAGCACCUGGAGCGGGGAGAGCCGGGUUCCCUGGCUGCGGGAAGUGGGCACGGCAAGACAGCGCUGGCGGAGGCAGGGGGCCGUGGGCUGGGCGGGCCGCGGGGCUGCCCCGGCGCCCACGGGAUGGCUCGGGUGCCGUGGGAGAACGGAGAGAACCGGGCUCAGAGAACGGGGAACCAUCCACUGCGGAUGCCUCCGGUGGUCACGGCAAACCAGGGGGAAGGGGGAGGGAGAAAGAUGCUUUGGGUAUCAAACUGAUCUCCCAGCUCCUGGCAGGUUCUGGGAUGAAUUGCUUGUGCUGAUGCCUGCUUCUAGAUCGGCUUCAUCUCCCUCACUUUUCCUCUGUGAAAUGCUGCUGCUCCUCACAAAGAUGUAAAAAUACAGCAGAUAAUGCCCACAGUAAGCUCUGGUGAUAAAUACCAUGUGAGUCCUAAGAAAAGCUGUUAUUUGAAGGAAGUCCAUGAUGACUGAUCUGCAGGUGCUGCCAGUGGAUUUAUGGGACAUGCGAAACUUAUGCUUUGUAUUUUUCUAGAAGGAGAGUGGAGGAAUUGACAUCUAUCACAAUUCAAAAGGAUGAGAACAAGCCCACAAAAAGAAAAGAAGACUCUUCUGACUUUUAGAAAUCUUUAUAAACAUCAUUUAAUGUCAUUUUCAAAUACCUUGAAGGGAUCAUAAAACUUUGCUCUUCUCUGAUCAUCGCACCACUUAGAAGUGGAAAGGUCAGGAGUUCUCCCCUGUGCCAUCACUUCAGUUUCCAGGUCAUGUCAUGCAGAGGGACUCACUCAGGAGCAGUUCAGACUCCUGAGACCUCGCUGUGUGCAUGGAUCCAUGGGCUGCCAUGACCCAAGGCUAAGGCAGAGCACCUGCUCUUCUUGCCUCCCUCUUGGUCCUUUCCCCAAGAUGUUUUUCCCUCACAUUUUAUUUUUAAAACAGUUCAUGCUGCCAACUCAGAUUUUUCAAGUAGGGCCCUUCCUCACCUUUGAGUUCACUGCAGUCAUGUUUCUUUCCUCAACACAAUUGUUGAUAAAAGGUCCUUUUCUGGCUACAUCAUCACCAAGACCAUUAUAAUAUAUAAUAUUUUCUAAACCAUGAAGUACAGUGGUUGUACAACACUUAACACUGAUCUUCAUCAUGAAGUAGACCUGGCACAGAGGUGGUGUAAAUGAAAAACUCGAUGGUCAGAGUACCUUCAAGCCCCCUCCACACUUCUGUCAAAUUUAGGAACAUUUCACUGGGUUUGUGGGCUUCCCCCAAAGAGACUGGACAGCAGGAUUAGACACAGCAACACAGUGAGAUUCUGUGGUGAGAAGAGAUAAAGAUCCUUCAAAGUCAUGUUGGAGAUGAUUGCAACGAAUGGAUGUCUCUUACAACAAUAAGGAAUGCUUUAUUAGUAUUAUUAACUAACUGUUCUUAAUUUGUCAUUUGCCCUUCUGUCCCCUUUUAUUCUUUAUUCUCAUUGCUGCAUAACUUUUCCUUUUUCCUUAAUGAUGCCUAACCCCAGAAGUAUGGCACUCCAGAAAAUUAAAAAGAUAUUAAUUCCCUA